CAUGGACAACGACGUGCAGGACAGCUCUGUUCUUAAAGAUGGAUUUUUGGUGAAGAGGGGUCAUGUGGUUCUCAACUGGAAGGUCCGGUGGUUCGUCCUGAAAGCGGAUAAGCUGCUGUAUUACAAAUAUGAAGGUGGCAAGAGGGACUCCUGCCACAGAGGGACCAUCCCUUUAGCCGGCUGUGAGAUUACCUGCCCUUACCUGGAAUUUGAAAACAGACCGUUGGUGCUGAGGCUGAAGAGCAAUUCCUCUGAGGAGUAUUUCCUGGAGGCGUGUUCAAGGGAGGAGCGAGACGAGUGGGCUACAGAGAUCAGAGCUGCAGUACAGAAACUCCGCCCAGGGAGCACCAACACCCCACCUGCACCCGCGCGCAAAGGCUCCAAAUCACUGCAGCUUCACAACAUCAACCUCAGUCAGGUGGUGGACUCCAUGUAUGACGUACACAGUGGGAUCAAGAUGAGCAGCCACGUGGAGCAGGGCAGCACCUACAUCAACUGCUUCUCAGGCUCGGCGGUGGUGGACUGGCUGGUGUUUAUGCAGUUGGCUCUGACGCGGGUGGAGGCCGUGACGCUGGCGUCGGCGCUGCUGGACGAAGGCAGUGUGAGGGCUGUGGGCAUCAAGAGUGUGGAGGCCAUCCGUAACGCUGCUCUGGGGGAACAGUUCCUGGACGAUUCCACCGCUCUCUAUAGCUUUGCUGAAAGCUUUAAGAAGCGAGGGAGUGUGAAGGCGGAGAAGUCUGUGUCUGCGGUGGAGCUGAGCGGAAGAGUGCAGAAGAGAGGAUACCUGCUCAAACAGGGACACAAGGUUAAGAACUGGAAGGUGCGGCUGUUCGUGCUGAGGGCGGAGCCUGGCUUCUUGCACUAUUACGACCCCAGCAAGGAUGACAUCAGUCCGGCGGGCGGUUUCUCUUUACGCGGCUGUUUGGUUUCCUCCCUGCAUGACAACGGCAUUCCCUCAGGUGUGAAAGGUAAAGUCCAAGGCAACCUGUUUAAAAUCAUCACCCAGACAGACAGACAUUACUUCAUCCAGGCGCCCACACGACAGGAGAAGAUGGAGUGGAUCGAGGCCAUCAAACAGCUCACGUAAAGCUGCAAUAGGGCAAGACACGGAAACACGGGUCUCCUCCCUUUCAAAGGAAUCACUUGACCGAUCUUGUUAAUGUGGCAGUGAGUGAAUGGAAGCUUGUUGCCGUUUUUUUUUUAUUUAUUGUUAGCAACAUUGGUUUGAAAACAAGAGUCAAGUGAAGGUGGCGGAGGAGGCAAAAGCCUCUUUGAUAAAUGUACAGUCCCUUAAUCACUGUUGACCGAAUUAUAAUCAAAUGUUGUUUACUGAUUUUUACUGAUUCUCACUGUAAGCACUUUCUUGUGUUAUCUAAACUCUUUGCAUGUGUACUACAUUUAAAACAUUUCAUGUUGUACGCCAAGCUAAACCGCUAAAAGUGUUUAUUAGGUAGCACUUUAUUUAAUGGCUACCUACAUAGGGGCUUUAUGACGCAUGCAUAAACAUCAUAUAAGAUAGUUAAAAAGCUUCACCUGAGUAUUUAUAUACAGCUUAUGUUAGAUUUUGCAAGAUGAUGAGACGUUUUAUUAAAUAAUUGACUUUCUGUGGAUGUAGGGUACCUUAUACUAAAGUGGCACUUGUUCUGUUUAUGAUACUGUUAUGAAGUAUGAUAGGCCAUAGAUUGCUAUACAUAUUUAUAAAUAAUUUAUAGAUCAUUUAUUAUAGCAAUUAUGUUAGAUAUUUAAGAAAAUGAUCAUUUUAGCUUUAUAGAAAUUACACUAUAUAGCCAAAAGUAGGUGGACACCACAACAGCUCCAGACUAUUAUCCCUCCUCUACCAAACUUUAUUGUUGGCACUACGUAUUCCAGGAGCUGGCGAUCUCCUGGUGUCCACCAAACCCAGUACUUAAAAGCUAGUAAAGAAUGAUACAUCAAUCCAGAGAACACUUUUCCACUCCUCCAGAGUCCAGUGGCGAUGUGCUUUACACCCUUCCAGUCGACGCUUGGCAUUGCACACGGUGAUCUUGGGCUUUUGUGCAGCUGUUCAGCCAUGGAAACCCAUUUCAUGAAGCUCCUGAUGCACAGUUCUUGUGCUAAUGUUGCUUCCAGAGCCAGUUUGGAACUAUAGUGAGUGAUGCAACAGAUGGUAGGCCAUUUUUAGGCGCUAUGCUCCAGCACUCAGCCGCCCCACUCUGUGAGUUUAGGCACUUCCAUUUUACAAUAAGAGCACUUACAGUUGUCUAGGGCAGAUCUAGCUGAUUAUUUCCAUUGAUUUGUGGUAAAAGUGAUAUAAUGUAUGGCGUUCUUAACUACGUCUGGCAUGGGAACAAUAUUUCAUAACAGUGUUACAAACGGAACAAAUGCCAAGCAAGGGCCUUCAUGUUAGUUCAAUACCAUUCAAUUCAUUAAACGGCUUAUGUCAUCUUGCAAAUAAUUGACAGAUUGUUCAUAAAUAACAAAGUAUUGCUUUUAAACUAUAUUAUUCAAUGUGUAUGCACGUAUUAUGAAGUGCUUGUGUAGCCAGCCUUCAAAUAAAACUAUUAUUUAUCUUUUAAUGACUUUUGUAUCGCAGAUUGCAGCACAAUAACAUGUAUUUACUGUUCAAUCAUUUCAGUCCUUUUUGUAUUUUUGAGCCAUGUAAAAUAAAGGUUUAUUUUAGUAUGUAAAACAUAUGAGCAGUGAGGCUUAUUCUUUUUCAGAGCGUUAAUCAUAUUUAUCAACUAAUUAUUUUAUGCAGUAUUAGAAUCCAUUAAUAGCUACAUAUGAUGCAUUGACCCAUUGGUCUGUAGAUGGUGAGUGAGAUGCAGUUUGCAGAGGUGAAUA